AUGUCUAAUACAAAACCAACAUCGCAAACUACAUCGCCCUCUGUUCCUCUUAGACAGAUGGUUGAUGAGCAAACUACUUAUGGAAUCAUCUCGGGGAUCCAAGCAGAUAGUCUUAAUGAGAAGAUGUCUUUACUACUAGACUGUAUGAGGCAGUUACUUAAUCCACCCACUAUUCAAAUUAAUCCUUUAUUCGGGGCUACUAGUAGACCCACUAACCCACUUGAGCCCAACCUAUCAGCUACUCAUAUGACACGUGACCCUAAAGAUGAGGUGCUAGUAGAAUCAUGGUAUGCCUCAGAUGACGAGGAAGCUCAGGAAGCCGCUCUUGAGAUACUAAGGCUACAACGAAAUCGAGAAGGGAAGAAGGUCGUGAUUGAAGAACCGAAAAAGACAGAGUCUGUAGUUCCAGGCAUGCAUCAAGGAUGGAGUACCGAUACUAAAACAAAACAAGCUCUGAAGACGGAAACAUCUUCACCUGCUGGAGCACAUGCUGCAUCGCCACUAGUCGUCCCAACAACAUCGAUACAAUCAGCUAGUCAGUGCGAACAACUAGCGCAACUCAGAGCUUCUAAAAUCGAAAUGAAAGCACAAAUAGAUGCCCUAACUAAAGGGAAGUCAACACACGGAGCUAAAAGUUGGAAAUAUGGGUUAAAGGCAGCUAAGAGGGUCGUGGUCCCUCAUGGACUAAAAUUACCACAUCUGACCAAGUAUGCCGGAAAUAAAGAUCCACGAGCCUUUAUGAACAUGUACUUGACGAACAUCUUUCCAUUACAACUCGGAGAGCCUACAGUAUUGCAAUUAUUCCCUCGGUAUCUUGUAGAAGUGGCACUUGAGUGGUAUUUGCGUCAAAACAUAGCACAACACCAGACUAUUGAAGAGCUAGCCAAGGUAUUCAUAUGUCGGUUAGGUAUGUUUUUGAAGGUGGAAAAGCCUGAGAGAAAACUUAGGAGUAUUAAGCAAAGUCCAGGUGAAACUUUCGAAUCAUACGUUGAUAGGUGGAAGGUUGUGGCUUCACUAAUCGAUGGACUAUCAAAUGAACAAACUCAAGUGGAUAUGAUCUACGCUAACAUGAAUGUAGCAUACACCAAAGUCAUGUCAGUCAACAAAUAUGCUUUCGUGGAGGACUUGAUUGCUUCUGGAAUGGGAUAUGAUGAUGCAUUAAAGAAGGAAGCCAUCGAAGGCAGGAUGUCAUACCAAGGCAAUCCUCAUUUUAAUCAUAAAAAGGCUAAAUCACAAGUAAACCACAUUGCCAAUGCAUGGGAUAUGGACACAUUGGAUGUCAUGAAUGUUGGGCAAGGGCACCUUCAGGGAUCAUCUGCUAGCCGACAACCAUCUUUUCCCCCAACGUCUAAAGGAAAUACUUCGUUUAUACCUAAGCCACCCAAGAAGGUUGAUGAUUUAGGAAUGACACUAUCAGAAGCUCUCCAGAUUUUAAAGCAAAAGAAUUUAAUCCAAGUCCAGACCCCGAAUCCCGAUAAGUCUAUAUCAGGGAGGUUUCUGAAUGAGUGGUGUGAAUACCACCAGACUAAGGGGCAUGGGACUAAUUAUUGUCUUUCACUACGAGGUGUGAUUCAAAAACUUAUCGACGAUAAGAUCAUCCCAGCCCCAAAGGCCAAAUCGAAGCCUCUACCAACUCAUACCGUGAAUCUAAUUGAGGUGUGUGAAGAUCUGAUAGACGAGAGUGAUUCGUUAGGUUUGAUUGUUGAAGAUGAAAAGUUGAUAGUCGUUACUAAUAUCUAUGGUGACGAUAUUGAAGAGUCGAGCCAAGUGCAUACAACAAAUAAUCAGGGUUUGAGUUACACGUCAACGAAAUUAGAAGUAAGAGACAUAAAGCCAAAGGAGGAAGAUGUUUCACGACAAGGAUAG